AUGGAGUUGAAAAAUCUGGAUAACUCAAUGAUCCCUUCUCCAUUGGAUGAACACGAACAUCUUCCAGAUACCGCGUUCUACAAUGAUUGGGGAUUACCAAGACAAAAAUUAGUCGAUAUCAGAGCAGACAAGGAAGCAGAGAAACACGAGAAAUCAAAUGAGAAAAAAUACGAAAGUCCCAACUUUGGAACGUUUAAUGGCGUAUAUAUGCGAUGCAUUUUGUCAAUUUUAUCCGCUGUCUAUUACUUAAGACUUGGAUGGGUGGUAGGCAACUGUGGACUUGUUAUGGCACUCGUUUUAAUCCUUGUUUCUGGUGUAGCUACUAUUUUAACAACAUUAUCAUUAUCAGCAAUCGUUUCUAAUGGCUUAGUACGUGGUGGUGGUGUCUACUACUUCAUCUCACGCUCUUUAGGUGCCGAUUGGGGUGGCACAAUUGGUGUCAUUUUCUCAUUUGCAACAACAUUCAGUGCAGUUCUCCACUCAUUCUCAUUUGUCGAUGUAGUUCAAGCUUGGCAUGGCGGAUAUAUUACAAAUGGCGGCAAAUGGGAUCACGAAAUAAUAGCUAUUUCUUUAAUUUUCAUUUUACUUUUGAUUAUAUGCACUUCUCUCAAGGUAGAAUGCUAUAUGGAAUACUGUCUAUCAGCAUUGAUCGGAGUUGCCAUGAUCGGUUUCUUCUUUGGCCUCUUAAACAAAAAUACUCCAAGAUGGAAAGUUUCAAACCUCAAGAACAACCUUUGGGCAAGUUAUUUACCAGGAGAAAACUUCUUUACAGUAUUUGCCGUCUUCUUCCCAGGCUGUACAGGUAUCAUGGCCGGUGCAAAUAUCAGUGGAGAUCUUGCUGAUCCACAGAAGUCAAUUCCUGUAGGUACAAUUGGUGCUAUCAUCACAACAACACUAUUGAACAUGAUCACAGCCAUCAUUCUUGCAAGUGCUGCUACAAAGAACGUAUUAUUAACAGAUACAACAAUUAUGUGCGACAUGUCUCUUUGGGGACCACUUGUUUAUCUUGGUAUAAUUGGUGCUGCUGUAUCAUCAGCAUCAGCAGCUUUAAUUGGUGGUCCAAAGACAUUCCAAUCAUUAUGCGAAGACAAAAUUCUUCCAAAAGUCUUUGAUUUCUUCGCUGUUGGCAAAGCAUCAUCAAAUGAUCCAGUUCGCGGCUUCAUUUUAGGUUUCUUGAUUGUUGCUGUUUCAUGUUUUAUUUUCAAAGAUUUGAACACUGUUGGUACAAUUCUUACAAUGUUUUUCCUCAUUUCAUUUGCACUUAUUUGUGCUGCUUGUCUUGUUGGUUCUAUGUCACGUUCUCCUUCAUGGCGUCCAAGUUGGAAGUACCAUCAUCCUAUUUUAGAUGUAUUAGGUGCAGCUCUUAUGAUCAUUGGCAUGUUCUUGAUCAACUGGGUUUUCUCAUUAGCAACAGUUGGUGCAUGUCUUGCGAUUCUUGCAUAUUUCCACUGGGGUGUUACAAAUGCAAACAAUUGGGGUGAAUUCCCUAUUUCACUUUUAUUCACAGAUACAGUUUCUAAACUUGAAAAACUCGGAGGUAUCCAAGAUAAUGUCAAAACAUAUCGUCCACAAAUCGAAUAUGUCAUUGAUGCAGAACGCGAGAGUUCAGUUGAGAAAUCAAUCAUCAACAUGUUACCAUUCAACCAAGUCAUUGAUAAAUCAUAUUCGAUCAUGGGUAUCUCAUGUUUAGGUAUUUUAUCAGAUGAACAGAAAGACACAAUCAACAAUGCUGGUUUCACACAUUACUGGGGAUCUAUUGAUGCUGAUUUGUGCUCACGUUUGAUUGCUAAUGCCGUUGGUUAUGGAAAAGUUAAACCAAACAUUAUUGCAACACAUUUCUCAACAUCACCACGUUUCUUCUCAUUAGUUUGUGCAGCCAUUGAUUCAUCAAUGGGUGUUUUGAUUUCAAGGAAUUUCGAUACAUUCGAUAUCAAUGUCGAAAACCACUUCCCACUGGAUAUUUGGUGGCUUGCAGAUGAUGGUGGUCUUACAUUGUUAGUUGGAUAUCUCCUUUCGACACACUCAGCAUGGAAGAAAUGCGACAUCAGACUUUUCACAAUUCUUCCAGAUGGUAGAGAGAUCACAGAUGUCCAAGUCAAACUAUCUAAGUUGCUUCAUCUCUUCCGAAUCAAAGCACAGAUCUUAGUUGUCAAAGGGAUGAGCGAACUUCCUAAAGAAGACAUGUAUGCACAGUGGAACGACUGCAAGAUUCAAGCACAGAAUGACACAGACACAAAAGCAGUCAACAAAUUCUUGAAACUUCGCGAAUUCUUGAUGAAAUACUCAGACAACUCAUCAUUGAUCAUCUGCACUAUACCAAUUCCAAAAGUCAAUGUUACACCAGAAUUAUGGACUAGUUUGAUGGGCUUUGUUAGUGAUUCUAUGCCCCCAUUUAUUUGGUCACGCGGCAACAACGAAAACGUCAUCACAUUCAGUGCUUAA